AUGAACGUAGUACGAAUCCGCCAUAUCAUGGAGAUGCGUCGCGCAUGCAAAGCGCCUCCUUUACUACCUCCCAAAUUGAAAAAAUCAAGUUGCGAUAACUCGGAUCGGAAAGCAGCGUUGAAAGACAUUUUGGACAUCCAUCUCAGCCUCAGGAAUAUUCGUAGCGAUGCGGCAAAAUCGACCUGUCUCAUGUGUUUGUUCUAUGAGAGUGAAGGUGGUCGGAAUGGACCCUGGAAAUUGAUCAAUGGCACCGACUCGUUCCCGACCUGUACCGCUAUCGACAUACCGGACGUUUUCUCCAUUGAGUACAUGUUCGAACGGCCGCAGCCCAUACGAGUUGAACUGUGA